UCUGGACUGACGCCGCUGCACGUGGCUUCCUUCAUGGGAUGCAUGAACAUCGUCAUCUACCUGAUCCAGCGCGGCAGCUCCCCGGACACGCCGACAAUGCGCGGCGAGACGGCACUCCACCUGGCGGCGCGCGCCAACCAGACCGACAUCAUACGCAUCCUGCUGCGCAACGGCGCCAACGUGGACGCGCGAGCGAGGGAGAACCAGACGCCGCUGCACAUCGCCGCGCGCCUCGGCAACGUCGACAUCGUUAUGCUGCUGCUGCAGCACGGGGCGUCGCCGGAUGCGACCACCAACGACCUCUACACCGCCCUUCACAUCGCCGCCAAGGAAGGUCAGGAGGAGGUCGCCAACGUGCUGCUGGACCACGGCGCCACCAUCGACCUGACGACGAAGAAGGGCUUCACGCCGCUCCACCUGGCGGCCAAAUACGGAAACAUGAAGGUCGCGAAGCUGCUGAUACAGCGCGACGCUCCGCUGGACGCGGAGGGCAUGAACGGCGUCACGCCCCUACACGUAGCCGCCCACUACGAUCACGUGAACGUCGCCCUGCUGCUGCUAGAGAGCGGUGCUUCACCACACUGCGCGGCCAAGAAUGGCUACACUCCGCUGCACAUCUCCGCCAAGAAGAACCAGAUGGACAUCGCUACCACGCUGCUGGAGUUCGGCGCGAAGCCGAACGCGGAAUCCAAGGCAGGCUUCACGCCGCUGCACCUGGCCUCGCAGGAGGGACACACCGACAUGGUCACGCUGCUCAUAGAGAACCACGCAGACGUAGACAUCAAGGCCAAGAACGGACUCACGCCCAUGCACCUCUGCGCUCAGGAGGACCGCGUCAACGUGGCCACGAUCCUGUUCCGCCACGACGCCGAGAUCGACCCGUACACUAAAGCCGGCUACACGCCGCUGCACGUCGCCUGCCACUUUGGCCAGAUCAACAUGAUUCGCUUCCUCAUCCAGAACGGAGCAUCCGUCGACGCAAAGACCGAGGUCACACCCACGACCCAAGGUCACCAAUGCGACCUUAAGGUCACUGGCACGACCCUGAGGUCACCGGUGUGA